AUGCUGUUAUACGUAACCUUGGCUCUGAUUGGUGUAUUUCUAUUGUGUGUUCCGCUCAAGGUGACUUCCGAAUACCAGAUCUGUAUAAACAAGAGCACGCCUGUGAUGACAGAUGAACAACGUUUAUACACUGUUCUGAUGAAAGAUUACGAUCGGAACACCCGUCCUGUUUUCAAUGCCUCUCAUCCAGUCAAUGUCUCCGUCGGUAUUACUCUGACGCAAAUAUUUGACGUAGACGAGAAAAAUCAGGUGAUUACAACAAAUAUUUGGCUUGACCAGGAAUGGAAAGACGAGAAAUUGACGUGGGACCCCGCUCAUUACAAUGGUCUGUCCGUUCUUAGAGUUCCAUGCAAAAGUUUAUGGCUUCCUGACAUCGUCCUCUAUAACAGUGCUGAGGAUUAUACACAAGGUUUCAUGGAAGCUCUAGCCAUGGUUUCGAGUAAUGGUAAUGUUUUCUGGCCACCCAUCGUCAAACUUCGAAGCACAUGCGCAAUAGACAUAACCUACUUCCCUUUCGAUGAUCAAAUAUGCCGAAUGAAAGUUGGAUCAUGGGCAUACGAUGGUUUUCAAGUGGAUGUGUUCAACAGAUCUAAUAGUAUAGAUUUGUCCAAUUUUGUCAGCAAUGGGGAGUGGGAACUCAUCGGAGUUAAGGCCGUUCGGAACGUUGUCAAGUACCAGUGCUGCCCAGAAUCUUUUCCGGAUGUGACGUUUACAUUACACAUCAGCAGGAGGACAUUAUAUUAUACUUACAACGUCAUCAUUCCUUGUGUAAUGUUAUCUGUGCUGACGUUGCUGGGGUUCUGGAUGAGGCCCGACAGUGGGGAGAAGGUGACUUUAGGAUUAACGGUGUUACUGGCUUUUUCUGUGUUUAUGCUAUUGAUUGCUGAGAACAUGCCGGCCACAUCCAGUUUUGUUCCACUCAUCGGAAUUUACUUAACUACAGUAAUGGCACUGACCUCGAUGUCUGUCAUUCUGGCCGUUGUGACGUCAAACAUCAACCAACGCGGUUUCAAAGAAACAGAUCUACCAUCAUUCUUAAAAGGAUUUAUCAUAUUCCUCAGCAAAACAAUGUGCAUGAAACUCGCACAUAUAAAUUACGAAAACCUGGACGAAGUCAAGUUAGAACAGAUUCGAAAUGGCAUGAGGGAUAACUAUGCACGACAUAUGAAAACUACUUUUUCGAACGAUUCUGGCUGUAACUUGAUUGAAUAUGAAAAUGGCGAGCCUCGAGCAUCAGGAAAUGCUAAUGCAAGACUUAAUCCGGGAGAUCGAAAUUGGGAACUCCAGGAGAUUUUAAAUCGUCUUCAAAUUCUUAUUCAAAAAGAGGAAGAGAAAGAAAAAUCAGACACAUUGGCAAAACGUUGGAUGGAAGCGUCGGAAGUGAUAGAUCGGUUUUUGUUUUGGGUUUUUGUCUUUGGAACUGUGAUUUCUUCCGUAUUUCUGUUGAUUAUAUAUCCGACUAUCAAGGAAGUGUCAGUUGACAGCUGA